ACUCAGCAAUGGCUGCGCCCAUGUUUGGAAAAAAUGUAUUUUCAAAAUUAUUUUUCCCGUUUUACCGUCUAAAUCAAGCUACAAAAUGCUUGACAACGGCUAGAUCGCUAAGCAAACUGCCAGAGUUUGUGAAAAUCGUUGAAGUCGGCCCACGGGAUGGACUCCAGAAUGAGAAAUCUGUCGUGCCAACAGAUCUUAAAAUAGACUUUGUAAAUAAACUUUCCGAUACUGGACUGACAAGCAUCGAAGUGACUGCGUUUGUGUCACCGAAAUGGGUGCCGCAGAUGGCCGACCAUUCGCUGGUUUUGAACGGGAUAAGGAAGAAGCCGACUGUGACCUACGGUGCACUUGUGCCGAAUAUUCAGGGAUUUCAGUCAGCAGUGGCAGCAGGUGCUAUGGAGGUCGCAAUUUUUGGAGCAGCGUCGGAAUCAUUCACACGGAAGAAUAUAAAUUGUUCAAUUGAUGAGAGUUUGGAACGAUUCUCAGCCGUGACGGAAGCGGCGAAGAGGGCCAACAUACCAGUUAGAGGUUACGUUUCGUGUGUCCUAGGUUGUCCUUACGAAGGUCACAUCCAACCCGAAAAGGUCGCUCAAGUUGCGAGAAAGAUGUUCGACCUUGGAUGUUACGAGAUCUCGCUCGGUGACACAAUCGGUGUUGGGAACCCCGGCUCCAUGCAAGCAAUGCUGGCGGAGGUGAUUAAGGUCAUUCCGGUGGAGAAAUUGUCUGUGCACUGCCAUGACACCUAUGGGCAGGCUUUGGCGAAUAUCUAUGCAGCUCUUCAGAUGGGUGUUGCUGUUGUUGAUAGCUCAGUCGCAGGUCUUGGCGGCUGUCCAUACGCAGAUGGUGCGAGCGGCAAUGUCCCUACGGAAGACGUCCUUUACUUAUUACAUGGUCUUGGAAUAAAAACAGAUGUUGACCUUGAGAAGAUGAUAAAGGUCGGACACUUCAUAUCAUCCGCAUUAAAACGACCAAACUUCUCCAAAGUUGGUAUAGCAAGAGCAAAGUUAUGAUGUGGACUGUUUCAUUGUUUAUUUCUGUGUGACAAGAUACAGCUGUUUCUCAAAUAUUCCUUGGCGGGCCAUCUUGACCCAGAAGAUUUGAAACCCGCCGCUAACCAGCCUUGGACUAUGUUACAUCAGAGAAUUCCUCUGAAAGGUUGGGAUGCAGUUACACUGGUUAAUAGACUUACUACAUUUAAACUUAAGGAACCACAGUAUUUACCUUACGUUUGGUCUGGUGUGCCACCAGUUUGUCUGUAGAACUUGUAAUCAGUGUGGUGUCAGUUUCAUUUGUUAAUAA